GCGGAGUUUAUAACUUAGGCCCGCCCUCCUACUCAUAGCUUCUAGCCAAGUCAGGUUAUCGUCGGGAUCAAUCCGUAGUUUGUGUAUAUCUGUCUGUUAGCUGCGUGUACCUCACCUGUACAACUUACCUGUUCGGCGUACCUGUACACCGAAAGCCAUGUUACCUGGAUUAACACUGUGAUACACAACGAUCAAUUUUUCAAUAGUUGGUCAGUUAUGAAUUAAUUACUCAGCGUCCAGAUGUGUGGUUGGUCCAGCGCGGGAAAUUAAGCAUUAUUUCGUACCGCUGUGAGGUCGACCUCGGGGGACAGAUUCUCACGUGUUAUUCCUAAGGCCAGUCAGUUUCGUAGUGAAAUUCAUGCGUACACGUUUAUAUAAUAUGCAUUUUAUAUCGGUGAUCGGAGCCUUAGUGACCCUGUGGGGAGUAUGUGAAGGACUGAAGGGCAUUGGCCGGACUGUCAAGUUGACCCAUACUGACCGCGCCAUGCUUAUAAACUAUCACAACGACCUAAGGCGGGAAGUGCAUGCCUCCAACAUGCAGGAAUUGAGCUGGGAUAGGGAAGCUGCUCGCGCCGCCAGGAAGUGGGGCCGGAUGUGCAACUAUGACCGCCCGAGGAACGAUGGGUACGGAUACAAUAUCUUCUACAACAGGCAUGACGUUAGUGAACCUACCAGUGAAGUUACCAUGGAUGCGCUAGGAGUGUGGUCAAGGGAAAAGAUCGUCUUCAAUCCACUGCAGAGUUGUGUACAUACCAGGUCAUGCGACUAUCUAAAGAUGGUUACAGCCAAUGUGGAGAGUGUUGGAUGUGCCGUCAUUACAUGUCCGGUCCUCAGAAUGGGCAAGUCUCGACAGGAACGUGAUGUCAACUUCGUCCUGUGUUUCUAUACGCCAUUCAUAGAUGUGUCCCGAACAGAACCGUACAUGCAUGGGGAGCCGUGUACUUACUGCAGAAACGGAUACAGUUGCAGGCGAGGUUUAUGUUCCCCUCCUUUGAUACCUAUGGGUAACAUUGUGAUACAGUUUGGUGAUGAGUAUGACAGCAGUAGAAAAUCGAAGAUAAACCAUGUCAUCCAGGAAAGUAGUUUAUCCCAUAAAACUGACACACCCUCCCCGGAAGAAAAUAAGGCAGAGAAUCAGGUAUCCAAAACCAUUGGUGACAAACUCCAAAGUGGAGGCCUCGGGAACAAGGCAGAGCUGAGGAAGGGCAGGACAGAAACACGCAUCUACCACCCUACAUCCGGGCAGUCCAACACUGUGCAAAACGACAGGUUACAGGAACUGACGUCAUCCAGGGUUAGGCGCCAGACUACACGAUACAGUCGGUACGACCCGUACGCCGCCGAGCGCAGGCGGCGUCGACAGCGUGAACAGGAACGAGUACGACAGCAUGAACUGAGACGGAAACAACUUGAGCAGGAACAACUACGUCGACAGAAGGAAGAGGAGCGAAGGCGACGACAACAGCAAGGUCAAAGAUCACGGGGACGUCAGGGUCAGGGUCAGGGGCCGGUAGAGCAACGACUUGGAGGCGGACUGUCCGACAACGAUGAGUAUUACCUCCUUCAAUUACACAACAACAUACGGACAAGCGGAAUAGCUAAAUUGAAAUGGAGUAGCAGACUUGAGAGGUGGGCCAGGUACGUGAUUCGCUGUGACACUGAAUACCCAGGACCAUCAUUUUGCUUCACUAAUUUCGGAAAAAUAGCUAUGGAUCGGCCAAUUUACAACAUUGUGUACGACUGGAACGCUGAAGGGACAGACUUGAACAAUGAACUGGAAACUGGAUGUCGAACUCCUUAUGAUAGGUCGCUGUGUAACCAUCACUUAGUGAUGAACAACAGGGAUAUACGAGAAAUGGCAUGUGCGUCCUUGAACUGUGACAGGCAGCGCCAAGUUACUUGCAUAUACCAGUGAAAAAAAGUCACUUCAGCUCCAUGUUUUUGGGUGCUCUAGAUGUUUUUAUAGUCUGGGUAAAGUAAGUAAUGCAGACAUCGAUGGAACCGUCUUAUUAAAAUGAAGCAAGUAAUGAUACCAAAGUGUGACAAUGCUUGUCAGUGUCACUAGAACAAUUGUCCGAUUGUGGACGAUUGAAAUAGAAUGACUGACACAGAGAUACCUGUUAAUGGCAUACUGACUGUGGUUCUGCGGAAUAUGUACUUCGACGUAAUGGUCUAUGACAUGUUGUAUGUCUUUCAGUUGAAGUAAAAUAUUAUAAUACAUUCCAGAAAAUGAUGAUGAAACAUGUCUUACAUGUAUGGUAUGUUGAAACAUUAUAUAAAUAUAAACGCCAUAUACAAAUACCUCAUAUAAAGAUCCGACAAUAAGAGUUAUUUGUAUCGUGUUCUCCGAACGAUUGAUUGAUACUAAAAUUGAAUAGAAAUGAACAGUCUGAAUACAAAGAGUUUAGGAUGAAUCACCGAAGUCCGGAGGAGCUCGCCAGUAAACAUCGGUAACGAUAGGUAAUGUCAUAUUCGGUGGAAAAAACCUUACCAGCAAUGAAUAUUUGAAUCAAUAUACCUCGACACAAAUUGUGUCUAUGUGAUAUUCUUAGAUAACAAUGGUUAUAGAUGUACUGGUAUAAUAUUGUUUAAUAGUUUUAUCUUUAGCUAAACAUAUCGUGUGUAGUUGUUAUAGUAACAACGCUGUAUAGUACCCCUAGGUAUAGUGAUUAACCGUGUGAAUUAUUUUAUGAUAUAGUACUGGUUUAUUGUGAGAAUAUAGGUGCCUGCGGAGUGUGUAUAAUGUGUAUCUCGGUUGCACAUUAAUGAUUGAGUGGUCGGUAAAGUUUAAACAAGAAGUUAUUCUUUGUUCCUGUAAUAUCAAACUUUUACCUGUUGUUUAAUUAAAAUUUCCUGUCACAAACAUACAUUAAGUAUGCCGCUCCGGAGUGAAUAUUUAAUAUACAUAUGUAUGCGUAAAAUACGACCUGACAUAUCUGUAAUGAUUGCUGCUGUUAAACUUGUUGUAAAAUAAGUCAUGUGGAUCCACAGUCUAGAAAGUAAAUGGAGGUUAAUAUUACAAAUAAUAAUUGCUAGCAAACACACUGAGUAAUAUGUGAAGUGUAAAUGACGUACACACGAUGAAUUGAACGUCUGUAUUAUUUAAAUGGUCCUUACAGAUGAAGCUAUAAUGAAAAAUAAUAAUUUCCUAACGACUUAUCGAAGAUUUUGAUUCUUUAAUUACAUAUCUAAAAAUAUAUAUAAAUAAUAAAAAUUACAACUUAUUGACGACUUCUCGAAGUUGUUAAAUAUAUUUUCAUAUAAUUAUAUAUGAAUAAUGAAAUAUAAUAAAUUAUUGACAACUUGUUGAAGAUUCAUUUUUUUAUUUUAUUGUCAUAUAUAUAUUUCAGAAUACCUGCAUUCAUACUGGUUUCCUAUCGUGUCAUGAGUUGCUUUUGAACUAUAUCAACAUAAUAAAAUUAUAUUGAACGUAAUGCCUUAUAGAUAUAUAUUUGUUUAAGAAAGUAAAAUACA